AUGGGAGCAGACACACACAUCGGUCUGAUUCAAACCCAGCAGAGGCUUCUCUUCAAGUUGCCUGGGAGACGACUUCACCGGCAUCGGAGGAGCCCGGUGUGGUGCCACGGUGCGGUGCAGCCGGCUCAGCCAUGGUGCAGGAGCUUCCAGGAAGUAUCCCAGAGUACUGUGACUAUCCCCAGCCCCAGCCUCAGCACUCACAGAGGGGCCUCAGGGGCCACAGCCAAGGCGUUGUCUGCUCAGAACAGGCAGCUGCUGGAGGAACUGAGAGCUGAAAAAGGGAGGAGUAAAGAAGAGUCCUUGCAGUGGCAGAGGGAAAAGACAGAGGCAGCUCAGGGCAGUGCAGUAGUUGUGAAGAAAGUGGAUGAUUAUUCAGUGAUUGUGGAGACCCCCAGAGGACAGAGGGAGUUUCAGUUUGACCAAGUGUUUAGUGCUGAGGCCACUCAAGAUGACCUGUUCCAAGAUGCUAGCCGGUUAAUCCAGUCUGCGAUAGAUGGCUACAAUGUUUGUAUCUUUGCAUAUGGCCAAACCAGCACGGGAAAGACGUACACUAUGAUUGGCGACAAAGAAAGAAAGAAUCCUGGAAUCAUGCCGAGAUCCUUCAAUGCUAUAUUUGACAUCAUAAAAGAAAACAACACCAAAUUCAACUUCAAGGUGUCUUCAUAUAUGCUGGAGCUGUACAACGACCGGCUGCAGGACCUGUUCAUGAAUCCGGGAGGAGAGACACAGGGCAAACGGGUGGAGAUCAAGAGGAACAGGAAGGGAGUGGUGUUCGCACAAGGAGCCGAGACCAGGGAGGCGUCCAGCGCUCAGCAGCUCAAUGCCCUAUUUCAACAGGCCUGUGCAAACAGACACAUCGCAGCCACCAAGAUGAAUGUAGAGAGUUCACGAUCCCACCUUAUUGUUGGCAUCCAAAUUGAGAGCAAAAACCUCACCAAUGGGAGUGUAAGCACUGGAAAACUGAGCCUUGUGGAUCUGGCGGGAAGUGAGCGAGCAGCCAAAACAGGGGCGAAGGACCACAAACUCAAGGAAGCCAACUCAAUAAACAAGUCGCUGAGUGCCUUGGGCGAUGUGAUCUCAGCCUUGUCCUCUGAACUGCCACAUGUCCCCUACAGGAAUAGCAAACUUACACAGGGUUAUGGGAUUCUGAAAGGAGCAGGGGCAUGUGUCACAGUUGUGGAUAUAAAGCAGCUCAGAGGGCUCCAAACAGAGAGAGCAGAGGGACGCAGCUACAACAUGCCUCUCACAGGACUGGACCUCACUGAAGCCACAACUCCCGACGAUGGACAGUUUGAGCUGAUUCAUCAGCCAGGCUCUCAGACGGGAUACAAAGAACAAAACCCACUUUGUUGUACUUCUCGACCAACAGACUCGCUGCCUAUGCCCAUUCACCAAGUGGCAAUCCAGUGCACUAAGUUGUUUAUCAAUAAUGAGUGGACUGAGUCGUGCGGUGGGAGGAAAAUUCCUGUGCUUAACCCUGCAACUGGAGAUCUGCUUUGUGAAGUGGAGGAAGCCACUGCUGAGGAUGUGGACAAAGCUGUUCAGAGCGCUCGAGCAGCGUUUGAAGUGGGCUCUUCGUGGAGAUGCAUGGAUGCCUCAGACCGGGGACUCCUGCUCAACAGAUUGGCAGACUUGGUGGAAAGAGACAGACUUUUGAUUGCAACGCUCGAGGCUUUGGACAGUGGAAAAGUGUUUCUGAUGGCUUACUUUGUAGACCUGAUGGCUACAAUCAAAACACUAAGAUAUUAUGCUGGAUGGGCAGACAAAAUCCACGGCAAAAAUAUCCCUGCAGAUGGUGAAUAUUUCACAUAUACUCGACAUGAACCCAUUGGAGUGUGUGGGCAGAUAAUACCAUGGAACUUUCCGGUAAUGAUGUUUGCAUGGAAGAUUGCUCCUGCUCUAUGUUGUGGGAACACUGUAGUCAUCAAGCCGGCUGAACAGACCCCAUUAUCAGCCCUGCACAUGGCCGCUCUCAUCAAAGAGGCAGGGUUUCCUCCAGGUGUGGUGAAUGUGGUGCCAGGCUAUGGUCAUACUGCAGGUGGCGCCAUUGCACAUCACAUGGGCAUAGACAAAAUAGCAUUCACUGGAUCUACUAAAGUUGGAAAACUCAUCCUAAAGGCGGCGGGUGAAAGCAAUUUGAAAAGAGUUACACUAGAGCUUGGAGGCAAAAACCCAAUAAUUGUUUUUGCUGAUUGUGACAUGGAAUACGCCGUGGAGCAGGCCCACAGUGGUCUGUUUUUCAACCAGGGACAGUGCUGCCUGGCAGGAUCACGGGUCUAUAUUGAAGAGUGCAUCUAUCAGCAGUUUGUCCAACUCAGUGUAGAAAAGGCCAAGGCCAAAGUUCUGGGAAAUCCACUGCUACCAGGGGUCGACCAGGGACCACAGAUUGACCAGAAGCAGUUUGAAAAGGUGAUGAGAUUGAUCGAGAGUGGAAAGCGGGACGGGGCUACGCUGGAGUGUGGUGGCUCUGCGUGGGGCCAGCGUGGGCUUUUCAUAGAACCCACAGUGUUUUCAAAUGUGACAGAUGACAUGCACAUUGCCAAAGAAGAGAUUUUUGGUCCAGUGCAGUUAUUAAUGAGUUUCCAAAGUAUCUCAGAGGUCAUAGAGAAAGCGAACAACACACAGUAUGGUUUGGCAGCAGGAGUGUUUACUUCUGAUAUUGAUAAAGCCCUCACAGUCUCUUCUGUGUUACAGGCCGGUACAGUGUGGGUUAACUGCUACAACGCCAUGAGCGCACAGUGUCCUUUUGGCGGCUUCAAAAUGUCUGGAAACGGCAGAGAACUAGGUCAAUAUGCCCUACAGGAGUACACGGAGGUCAAGGCGGUGACUGUCAAACUCUCACAAAAGAUCUAA